AAGCCAGCGCUGGAAGAAAUAUCUGCGGAAACGCAUUCCGUGAGCUUCGAGAACAGAACAUCUGUGCUGUGGAUAUCGGCGAUGUACUGAAUAAGACGGCAGAUUUGAUAAAGUCAUGCCAGUUCAUAAAUUGUGACCUUGCGGUGCGCCUUACCAGCGAAGACCUGGCGGAGAAAUUGAAUGACACGUUCAUCGACAGGACAAUUCAUGGUAUCGCUUUCGUUGCUGGCGUUUGCACGGACAAUAAUGUUGCAGUGGCAGAAGACGAUCCACACAAGUUCAACGGAGUAUCUGCGGUGGCUCAUGAGAUCGCACAUGCGCUUGGGGCGAGUCACGAUGGCGAGCCAGCACCGUUCAAGAUCGAAGGUUAUCCCGAAGGGCUUAACUGUUCGGGGGAAGAUGGAUAUUUAAUGAGCUAUUCGGGAACAGGCAAGAACAUGUAUUCGCUUUCAAACUGCACUGAGGCCCAAAUCCGUUUCGUUGUGAGGUCUCUGCCAGAGCCUUGCAUCGAAGUUCGUACGGAAGCAAACUACUCGAACCGCUUUUACCCCGGGCAAAACAUGACGUUCGAACGAUUUUGUCAGACAAUGCAUCCAGAGCAUGCUGAUGUGCAGGUCUCGGACGGUGACGUCCAGAGUUAUGAAGAGUGCCAAAUACACUGUUGCUGGAAGUUUGACCUCGGGAGUUUCGAAAAACGAAGUGGAGUUGAUGGUGAUUUAGACGCCUACGAUUCCGACUAUGAAGAUCCCCUGGAGUGCCAUAUACACAACAUGCUGGAAGCAAUGCCGUGUGCAACUGGCAAGACGUGCUGGCGAGGUGUUUGUGGAGAACACAACUGGACAGAGAUAUACAACAGUUCGCAUACUUCUCGCACAUUCCAGACUCUUUAAUUUCUAUGACGUUAUGAAUAGGACAAGUUGAUGUACACAUGGGCGACGUAAGAUCGAGUAACUUAACUCUGCUUUUGCGAAUAGAAGCCGCAAUGAAUCAAGUGCCGCAGCAAGUUGAGUGCCCUACAAGAAAAAAUGUCAGAAAUCUUCAGCGGAACAAUAAACACAAUAUCACCUA